CAUCCAGUCAAAUCAAAGGCCGAGCCAUGAUCCGCCUCCCAGCCAGCGAGGAGGCCGGCAGGAACGCCACAUUCUCCAGCUCCUGGCUGAAGUCUUACCUCCGUAGCCCAGUGACCACGCUGCUCCUCCCCACACUCUACUCCACGGUGCUGCUGGUCGGACUGCCAGCCAAUGCCCUGGCUUUCUGGGUGUUGGCCACCAAGACCAAGAAAUGCGCCUCCACCCUCUUCCUGCUCAACCUGGCCGGUGCUGACCUGAUCUUCACCUUCCUGCUGCCCUUCAAGAUCUCUUACCAUCUGCUGGGCAACGACUGGCUCCUUGGGGACUACGCAUGCCGUGCCCUGGUCACCCUCUUCUAUGGGAACAUGUACGGCUCCAUCCUCUUCCUCACCUGCAUCAGCCUGGACCGCUACAUCUCGCUGGUGCACCCCUUCCUGUGGAGGGGCUCCCGGCAUGUCUGGCAGGCGGCGGGAGUCUGUGUGGGUGUCUGGCUGGCCGUGGGGCUGGGUUUGAGCCCACUGCUGCGCUACCGCCAUUCCCAGCACGUCCCAGAGCUGAACAUCACCACCUGCCAUGACAUCCUGGAGCCGGACACGGAGCGCGAGCUGGCCUACUACUUCCCUGUGCUGGUGGUGUUGGGCUUCGCCGUGCCCUUCGUGCUCAUCACCGUCUCCUACGGCUGGGUGCUGCGGCGGCUGCUCCGCAAGGGGCGGCACUAUGGCCACGUGGUACGCCUCCUGGCCCUGGUGCUGCUCGUCUUCACCCUGUGCUUCAUGCCCAGCAACGUGCUGCUCUUCUUCCACUACCUGCAGCCCCAGCCCGAGUGGCACAACCUCACCUACAGUUGGUAUGUGCUGGCCCUGGCCGUCAGCGCCUUCAACAACUGCCUCGACCCCUUCAUCUACUUCUACGUCUCCCGGGACUUCCGGGCCCGGCUCCGGGCCAGGCCCUGUUGCCGGAUGGGGCAUAACAAGUCCUCCUCAGGCAGGGCCUCCGAGAAGCAAGUCCUGCCCCAGAGGUCCAGUGAGCAGAGCCAGCCCUAG